AUGGGUGGAAUUUUUUCAAAUGAGGAAGACGAACGGGCUAGAGUAAAGAAUAACAUCCGUGGAUUACAAAAUGAAAUGGAAGUGCACUCACGUGCCCACAAUUUGUGUGCAGAAUACUACGGAAACUGGAAGGCUAUUCUAUUCGUCCUACUUCUUAUCGUAGGCGGGUUAUCGGCAGGCUACAAAGCUCUCGGCUGGAAAACACCGCAACCAGAUAAUCCUAAAACAACGCUUGCUUUCAUAGGGGUGAUCGCCCUCGGUGUUGCCACAUUCGUUAUUCAACAAUGCUACAAUGCGGUGGAUGAUUCACAAAAGAAGCAUUACAAAGCAGAGAAAAAUUACCAGAGUAUUGCAGACAGAGCGAGGUCUGCUUGUGAUUCCAGCGAAUCGGCGAGUUCUCUAAGGAAUAGGUAUGAGGGACUGCUGAAGGACAAGGGAAAUUCCAGCGAGAUAACUUACGAACAGUGGGCUUAUGAAAAAGCAUCGAAGAAAUAA